AUGAAGGGAUUCAGAAGGCUCUUCAGGAGCUUAACCCAAGAAGGAGACUCAUCCUCUAUGCUCUUUAUAAAUAGUAAGCUUCACUUACAAAUAGGAGACAUAGGUGAGAUUCUUCCAAACGGAGUACUCAGGAUCAUCGACCGUAAGAAGAAUCUGAUCAAACUCUCACAAGGAGAAUAUGUUGCUCUUGAGCAUUUGGAAAGCAUCUACGGACAAAACGCGAUUGUCCAAGAUAUAUGGGUUUAUGGAGACAGCUUCAAAUCUGUGCUUGUCGCCGUGAUUGUUCCAAAUCCAGAAACCGUGAACCGGUGGGCUAAUGACUUCGGCUUUACUAAACCAUUCGAAGAACUCUGUUCUAUCUCGGAGCUACAAGAACACAUCCUCUUAGAACUGAAGUCCACGGCAGAGAAGAACAAGCUAAGCAAGUUUGAGUACAUUAAAGCGGUGACGGUGGAGGCAAAACCUUUCGACAUUGAGAGAGGCUUCGUGACUGCGACGCUCAAGAACCAGAGGAAAAAUCUUCUCAAGUUCUACAGGUUUCAAUAUCUUAAUUUCACUUAA